UCUCGAUCGUGGCCUUGAUUCGCCAUCCGCUGCUCUUCCCUUCAUCUUUCGAUUGCACUCCCCGACGGGCUGCUCCAUCCAACCAGCGAGCAUCCGACCCAGACGCUGCGAUGAUCGUCCUCCAGAUUGGACAGUGCGGUAUCCAAGUGGGCCAGUCGCUCUUCAAGUCGAUCGAGUCAGAGCUCCCCGGCAACUCGCUCUGCUACCCGCUGUCAAAGUUCCAGCAGAUCAUUGUCGAUACCGAGCGCAAGACCUGGCAGAGACACCUCCGAGAGAACUCGGAGACGCUCUUUCCGACCCUCUAUGUCGACGGCGGCUCGUCCGGGCGUGGAAACAACUGGGCCUUUGGGUAUGCCGAUCUGGAGGGCCAUGUUGAAAACGUCCUGGAGAGCUAUCGCCGCUCGGUCGAGGCACAGUCGAGCUAUGAUGGAUGCAUGCUGAUUCACAGCAUUGCCGGAGGCACCGGCUCGGGUUUUGGCUCCAGGCUUGUCGAGCGUCUGCGCGACGACUACCUCAAAGGAUAUAUCUUCAAUUCCGCAGUGGUUCCGUUUGCCUCGGGCGAGACGGCCCUGCAGCACUACAAUUCACUGCUAUCGCUCUCAUGGAUGCAACGCCAUUCGGAUUUUAUUGGCCUCUUCCCGAACGACAUGAUGAUGUCGUCUAUCCAGCGGCAGUUCACACACUAUGUGAAUCGAGGCAGCGCAAAGACAGACAAGGUUAGCCUGGACGAUCUGAAUGGGUAUCUCGCACACUGCCUUUCAACGAUGCUUCUGCCCCUGCAUGCUGCCGAAUACAAGGAUGGGCAGAUUGCCAUGCAGCUCAAAGAUCCGACCCCGUUCGACGGCUGGGACCUUAUCCAACGAAUGACGCCGCUACCGACGUGCAAGCUGGUGUCGUUUGCGUCCUCGUAUCUGUCGCGCCACAUUGAAAACUCCAACAGAUCGCAUGUACAUGUGUUUACGGACUGGGAUGAAAUCACAAGCCGAACUAUCCGCAAUCUGGGGAUCAGCCCACCAGGCGUCAAGCGCAACUGCUUGUCGUCGCGUAUCUACAUCCGUGGAGCACAGGGCCCGGACUACUGGCGGCGGGCAAGUCACUUCACAAGCAAAAUCCAGAGCAAGCUCGGUGCCGCAAUCGAUCCUGCCUUCUGCGACACCCUGGUUGCGCCGUUUCACGCCCUCGAUCCAAAAUCCGCCAAAAAAUCGAUAUCGCUCUGCUUCAACAGCACCGAGACGCUGCCGUAUCUCGUCUCUCUCGCCGAAAAGUGCGAGCGCACCAUGAAGGCGGGUGCGUACAUGCACUGGUACGAGAAAUAUGUUGGCGCCGGACACGCCGGCGAUGCCGUCGCCGAAACGCAGUGUCUGUUUGACGAUGCGCUGGAAUCGCUCAGGACGGUGAUAAGUGGGUACCAAGAUUUUGUAUAGAGCUGGCACUGUAUACUUUCAAAUACACACCCUGCUGUGCA